GGAAGAAGAAUUUCCGGGCGCGGGUGUGGCUAUAGGGGCGGGAGACACCUGUUGUUUUACCGAUGGAGGUUUUUGUUUGCUGGUAGAAACAUCGAUUUAGAUGCUCUACUGGAUAGCCUAAUUGAGUUAAAGUGCUGGGCUUGGCUGUCUAAACGGCAGGAGCGUGAAACACAGAAACACGCAUCACAAACGCGUUUCAGAGGCGUUCACCUGGUGUCACCGCGUCUGGUCUGUGUCUCAUCAAGACAGAUGUCCUAUAACAAGAGUUUCUUGGUUUUUCUCCUGGUUCCAGGAACUGCUUUACUACUGUAUCUCUGUUAUUCCCCUAUGACAUCAGGGCAAAAUAAGAAAGAACCACAAAUAUAUCCUCUUCCAAAACGACAAAACACAACAGCAUCAAGUAAGGAUCCUGUAAAUGAGGAACCAGAAAUCGACACUGUCCAGGAAGAACCAGGGUUGUACCAUGUGGCCUACCCCCGAAAAUAUAAAUUUAUCAUUGACCAACCAACGAUAUGUGAACAGCAAAAGCCGUUCAUGGUGAUUAUGGUCCCGGUGCCUCCUUGGGACGCUGAGGCACGCAGUGGCAUCAGGAGGACGUGGGGUGGAGAAAAGCUCAUUGGGGACAAAGUGGUGCUGGUGCUGUUUAUUAUGGGCUUACAUAGUGGAAAUGAUCAAGAAACGUUGCAGCAGAAACUCCAGAAUGAGAGCCAGCAGUACCAAGACCUUCUCCAGAGCAACUUCCUGGACUCCUACAAGAACCUGACCAUUAAAACCAUGAUGAUGAUGGAAUGGCUCAACAGGAGUUGUCAACAGGCGUUCUUUGCUGUGAAAGUGGACGCUGAUGUGCUCAUUAAUAUGAACAAUCUAAUAAAUAUGCUUGUGAGUCUGAACCCAGUACCAACCAACUAUAUGACUGGGCUAGUGUGGUACGGAAACGUUGUCAUUCGAAAUCCAUUCAACAAGUUUUAUGUCCCCUAUGACGUGUACCCCAGGGACACAUAUCCGCCGUAUCCUCUAGGCAUGUGUUACAUCAUUUCUUUGGACCUGCCGCAGAAAUUUAUUCAGGAAUCAAAGCACAUUAAGCCCAUAUUCAUAGAGGAUGCACAUCUUGGCAUUUGUUUGGAGCGUUUGGGUAUUGUCCCAACCAACCCGCCAAAUAUAGAACAGUUUGUGGUGACACCACCACAGUACAGUCGCUGUUACUAUUCUGGACUGAUAGCAAUACUUACGGACAACACAAAUCAGAUGACGACUUAUUGGAAAGAUAUUCAUUCAACCAGCAAUCCAUGCUGAGGUGGAAACUUCCCAACUAAUAGGAUAUACUGCAAUAUUUUGUCCGACUAAGAUUUUGUUUUUGUUUUUUUACAUUGGAUUACUGUUUCAAUUUAUAUCAGUCUACCAUUUUAUUUGUGUUUGUGUGUGAGUGAGCAUUUUAUGUUUCAAGUGAAACCAUUUGCAACAUAUAGUAUCCAACUCAGGAACAAAGACACAAGUAUUACAUGUAAAAACAUGUAUGUAUUUUUUAUUAUUUAAAGUUUGACAUAAAAGAACAAGAAUUCAUCCAAGGGAAAACAGUGGAACUGUUAUUACACUUUUUAAUUAUUUAGCCUAAUAAUUAAAUAAUUUGCUUGUUGAUGUAUUCUUGUUUUUACCAAACUAAUGGCACACUGUUGUGUUUGAGAACUGGACACUUACUGUUACUUACUGUGAAAAAUGUUUUCUUGCAUAAGGAAAUAGUGUAUUUUCUAGGGGUCGACCGAUAUGUGUUUUUCAGGGCCAAUGCUGAUACCGAUUAUUACAGACCAAGUGGACCGAUAACCGAUAUUUUUAACCGAUAUAUUAUGUCUAAUGUAAAAAUAAAAAUUAAUGUCAAAAUUAAGAAUAACAAGGGCUCUGACAAAAACUGCCUUCCCUGGUGUUGAUUGCACUUCUUACUCUUGUCAUCCUCCAUGCAUCCAUCUACAAUAAGGGUAAUAUAAAGAGAGUUAAAAGUGGGGCCACUGCAUGCUUCAUGAUUAAGCCUAUGAAUACUGUACUACAGCUAAACAGCUUGGGGAAAUGUAAGUAUUUGGCUUCAAUAAUUUACAUGUUAGAAAUGUAUGUGGAAUAGCAUAACCUCUCAUAAUUAUAAUAUAAAAGUGUAAAUAAUUUAAUUGUCUUCAUAGCUCCAUUGUAGAAGUUGUGAAGAAGACUGCAACUAUUUUAAUUAAACUAUAACACUAAUAGCCUGUUAGGCACACUUGGUUUAAUAGCCUAUUGAAAUGUCACAAUUUAUGUCGUCAUAAUCUUGGCCUGUGUGACAGUAUCUUAAUCUUGCCUAUGUGACAGUAAUUUCGAUUAGUUUUAAUUUACAGUGCAGUGCAAAUGAAGCCAUAAAACAUUAAUUUCAGUUAUCUUUUAUUCAAAUGAGAGUUAAACUAAAUUUACCAUUUUUUACCAUUAAAAUUAAAACAUGGAAUAAAUAGCGUAUUGUGUGAUUAUUCUUUUAAACAAAAGUUGUUGUUGUUGUAGUAGUAGUAGUACUAGAUAAACCGAACUUUUAUUUUGACAGGUUGCCAUGAAGUUUCUGUAUAGCCUAUUUAUGUGAUAUGACGAUCGUUUUACUCAAAUGAAACGGUCAAAUGCUCAUGAAGCAACUGUCAGAGCAGUUCUGGGGAUGUUGGUCAUGUAUUUAUGUCCUCAUUUAGUGAGACGGCAGAUGCUGAAAACACCGCGAGCGUCGCGCACUUCAGUGUGUGUGUGUGUGUGUGUGUCUGUGCCAUUCACAUAUACAGAGACACGCAGAACAUACAGAAUUCAUAUUUAAAUAAGUCUUUUUGCAGCUUAAUAUUUACAGAUACUAGUCCAUAGCGAGUCGAUUUAAGUGUACUGACCUACUUUUGGUUAGUUCAUCCAAACUUUGACCAACUCUGUGACUCCGCGUUAUACAGUAAAUUCCCUUUAUACGACUGGAUUCCGCGAUUCCGUCUGCGUUUUCCCAUCGCGGAAACCAUAAAUAGAUAAUAUUGAGGUGUUUUGCAACUUCAGUGUAGUGGAUUGUGAUUCAUUGCAACUUGAGCAACGUCUGCUGCUGCCUUUGAGAGACAACUGAUGCGUGAUGAUCACUGAAACUGUAGCAAGCGCUUUCAGUGAGAGAGUGCCUUAGUCUUCCACAUUGAUUGGUCUGACUCGUGACUCCCAACAAAUCAGAUGCGCGGUGGGCGGAGACUGCUCGAGGCCACAGAGUGGUGAGUUCUGACAGGCUGCAUCAGAGCCAAAUAGCGCGUUUCAAAAUUAAAUAAUUAUAUCGGCACAUCGGUUUUGAAAAUGACCGAUACCGAUAAUCAUAAAAAUGCUUAAUAUCGGCGCCGAUAAUCGGUCGACCCCUAGUAUUUUCAACUGAAACCUAAGCUUCACACACUUAUGAAUGCCAUGCUUGACAAACUAGAUUUCAUUGUGAUGUCAUUUUUAUUUAAAUCAGCAUCAAAUGAAGA